GGGGAGAAGGCGGCGGAGGGGAGUGCAGGCUGCGGGCCGAAAGCGGGAGGGGCGAGCUGGGCGAGAGCGGCGGCGGAGCGGCCCUGAGGGUAGUGCCCAUGACGAAGUUAGCGCAGUGGCUUUGGGGACUGGCGCUCCUGGGCUCCACCUGGGCGGCUCUGACCACGGGAGCCCUGGGCCUGGAGCUGCCCUCGUCAUGCCGGGAGGUGCUGUGGCCACUGCCGGCCUACUUGCUGGUGUCCGCCGGCUGCUAUGCCCUGGGCACUGUGGGCUAUCGCGUGGCCACUUUCCACGACUGUGAGGACGCCGCCCGCGAGCUGCAGAGCCAGAUCCAGGAGGCCCGAGCCGACUUGGCCCGCAGGGGGCUGCGCUUCUGACACCCAGCCGCGUUCCCACCGGACAGCCUUUCCUCCCGCCGCCCAUUAAAGAGAAGCUUAUUUUCUAACUUUGUUUAGUUUAUGGAGAAUGGGGACUGGGGAUUCUGUGUACCAGCUGUGGGGAAGCGGGGA